AUGACAAUCGACAUACCAGCGAGCACAAGCACAUGUGAUGUGUCAAUUAUCAACUCAACUUGUGACUCUAUUGCGCGUCCACACCUGUUGAUUGAUCCCAGUAUCGAAGGCUAUAAUUGGCUUAAUCUCCCUACAUGGGUUUUUUAUAUCAAACAUUCAGCCACAGGUCGACAACUAGUUUUCGAUCUCGGUAGCCGAAAGGACUGGGAAAACCAUGUGCCCAGCAUCCGAAAACUGAUAGAAUGCCAUGUGCCUGGCCUCAGAGUAUCAUCUGACGUGGCAGAUCUCCUUGCCCAGGGUAACAUCGACACCCAUAGCAUCGAGGCUGUGAUACUAAGCCAUGCACACCCUGACCAUGCCGGAUCUCCACAGACACUACCGCAUGGUGUAAAUCUGCUGGUGGGUCCUGGAUUUACAGAAAGUUUUCUCCCCGGAUACCCAUCGAACCCUGACUCGGUGUUUCAUGAAUCCGAGUUUAUAGGGCGUCAAGUUAUCGAGGUCCAGUUUACGAAUGAUUUCACAAUCGGGUCGUUGCAGGCAUUCGACUACUUUCACGACGGGAGUAUGUAUAUCUUGAAUAUUCCUGGGCAUGCUGUAGGCCAUAUAGGUGUGCUUGUUCGGACUACGAGUGACAGUUUUGUUCUCCUGGCAGGAGACACUUGUCAUAUGCCUGGAGUUAUGCGCCCGUCAAAAGCCAUGCCAAUGCCCGACACCCUUCCGGAGUUUUGUAUCUUCAAUGAUAACAUCAGUCCACCUUGGCUAGGCUCUGAUUAUACGUGUUGCCACCGUGCUCCACAAGAAGCAAAGUCGACACCCUUCUUCACAGUAACAUUAUCCGAGCAUUCCUAUUAUCACAAUCCAGUUGAGGCACAAGCAUCGGUCGAAGCAGUCAUGGAGUUUGAUGCAGAUCCAAAUAUUCUAGUUAUAAUCGCUCACGAUCCUACGCCUCGAUCCGUCUGCGAGUUCUUUCCCCAUGGCACGUUGAACGGCUGGAGAAGCAAAGGUUGGAAGACAAAGAUGCAUUGGGGAUUCCUCAACGAACUUCCGUACAAAGGAAAGAUUCUGACAAAACUGCUUGUGGACGGACUGUACACUCACGGCAAGAAGCUGAGAGGGGUAGAACUUAGACAGAACUAG